AUGACACCGUUUGCUCCUCCUUACAACACCAACGUCCUCCUGGCCGCGGUCACCGCGCUCUCGGCGGCCAUCGCCUUCGUCGCCGCGCUCCACCUCUACGCCCGCUGCUUCCUGCAGCAACGUUCCGCCGCCACCUCCACGACCAACCCUCACGCGCUGGCGCUGCAGCGGCCGCCGGACGGCUACGGCUACGAGCUCCACGCGAUCAGCGUCGUCGUCGACGCCGCGGUGUGCGCUCCGGACGAGGCGGCGGGGCUGGGCGCCAAGGAGCUGGGCGCUCUGCAGGUGCUCGUCUGGGAGUCUUCGUCGUCCGCCAAGGAGAAGGAGGCCACCUUCGACGAGCAUUGCGCGGUGUGCCUCGGCGAGAUGGAGGACGGCGAGCUGGGGAGGCUGCUCCCGGCGUGCCGCCACGUGUUCCACGUCGGCUGCAUCGACGCCUGGCUCCGCCUCAGCUCCACGUGCCCGGUCUGCAGGUCCGCCGUGAGGACGGAGCUGGAUGCGGCGGCUCCAGCGGCCGCCGUGGAGCCGUUGAGCUACUGUUGA